AUGGGAGGUCAUCUCCGGGUACAGCUGCAGUUUGACAGCCCUAGCGGCAUCCCGCCGCCAUGUGACACAGAAGCGGAGCUCCACCACUCUCGCAAGGGUCGGGAUGUACGGACGCUAGGCUUGGAUAGCAGAAUUGAGUAUGACACGUUCCAAAGACUAGCUUCAUGGGUCCCUAAAACCGACUGUUGUACUAUUUGGGAUGGUGUCGAAUGUGAUCCUUCCACUGGUCGGGUUGUCAAAAUCGUGCAUACGGGCAUUUGGGAUGAAUCGGGUGCUGAGACCGUCAUGUCAGGUACACUCUCACCUUUCCUUGGCAACCUUACCUAUCUUCAAGUCCUUAAUCUUUGCGCCCUUGGAGGGUUAGCUGCUCCUAUCCCAACCGACUUAGGUAAACUAUCCCAACUCAAGAACUUAUACCUUAACCAUAAUAAAAUUUCUGGGUCUAUACCAUUUUCUUUUGGUAAACUUUCCCAAUUGCAAAUUUAUAUCUCCACCACACUAGAAUCAAUGGUUUUGGAUAUAAGUCAUAAUAAGUUGAAAGGUAUUUUACCAAACACUAUAGGAAAUCUGUUCCAAAUCCAAAGAAUUGUGUUAGAGAACAAAAAGAUUAGUGGAAAGCUACCACCAAGUAUUGGCAAACUUAAUCCAUUAUAUGAUAUCUUGUUGUCAAAUGAUCUCUUCUUGGCUAACAAUCGGCUCAUCAGUCCGCUCCCUCCACAACUUACUACUGCAAAAAUAUACAUUCUUGAUUUGUCAUAUAAUCCACUUGGAUUAGCAAAACUACCAAAUUGGAUAUUCAAUCGUACGACGUUUCAUAAUCUUACGUUAGCUGAGGCGGGGAUCAAAGGACAGUUGCCAGAAUCAAUAUUGAUUUCAUAUAUUGCUCACCUCGAUUUAUCAAGUAAUCAACUAACCGGGAAGUUGCCUUCCUGGAUUGGGAGGAUGACAAUUCUAACAGUCCCUUAA